AUGACAAAUACUCUUUUGGGCAGUGUUCUAGGCGCAGUUUAUUCUUUGUCAACCCAAAGAGGAUUAAUGACCCUCGAUGCCUUCGAAGAGUUCAUUGUGUGGGUAGAUAAAUUUUUGACGACCUACUCAUCCUUAGUACCAACUGCAGAUAAUUUAGACGCUAUAGUGGAAAUAGGUGAAAGCUAUUUGAAUUAUGGCAUCAAUACUACCUUCUCUGAGCAAAGCUUUGAAAAGUACGUUCUCUAUGUGAAUAACUUUUAUACAACCUGGGCAAUUGCAGCUACCACGAAUGACUUACUAUAUUAGACUAAUUGAGGGCGGAUUAUUAAUAAAAAAAUUAUUUUAUUAAAAAAUAUUUUAAAUUUUUAGCAAGAGAAAAGUUAGUUACCCAGUCAUCAAUUAAUAAUGCUGUAAACACCGCUAAAACUCAUAUUUAUAAAGACAGAAACUUCCCAGAAGAUAUGCAAAAUACUACUCGUUACUAUUCUGAAGUUGCAAAUCUUACUUAUCCAGGCACUUUGGAUUUCUAA